UUAUUGGAGUAGGCGGCCAUCUUUAGGAAGGUGGGUUUUGCUGUCGUGAGGAGCCUCUUGCUCCAAAUCGACUUUCCUUCAUGGAAUUGGAAAACAUUGUCGCGAAUACAGUCUACAUCAAAGCGAGGGAAAGCAAAGCCAAAGGCAGAAGCAAAAAGUGGCGUUCCUUCUUGCAAUUUCCUCACAUUUCGCUGUGUCUAGAUCUGAAACACGAACUCGACCUCAGCUACCACCAAAUAUACCGGGAACCGAUAGGAAGGGAUCUGUUUUGUGAAUUCUGCGCUUCGAAAUGCUUUGCAGACUCCAAAUUAUCGCGUUUGGAUAAUUUUCUACGCGCUAUAAUCGACUAUGAAACGGCGGAAGAAAGCCAGCUUAAAGAUCUCGCUAUCAAACUCACUCGAGACUUUUUGAAUCCGGAGAACGGAGACAUCAGCUACUUGGAUGGCAUUAUUGAAGACAAUACUAUAGUAGAAUUUAAUCAACUCUUUAAUGUCACCAGUGAUGUACUUCCAUCUGAACAUUUCAUUAGCUCAUUUAAAAGUUCAAUUGAAACUUACUUUGGUGGUGAACCAUUUGAUGAAUUUAAAAAGAGCAUGUAUUUUGAACGAUUUCUCCAGUGGAAAUAUUUAGAAAGACAACCUGUUACAAAGAAGUUAUUUAGACAUUAUCGAGUGCUUGGAAAAGGUGGUUUCGGUGAGGUGUGUGCAUGUCAAAGCAAAAUUAGCGGGAAAAUGUAUGCAAUGAAGAAGCUGGAGAAAAAGAGGAUUAAACGACGGAAGGGUGAAGCAAUGGCGUUGAAUGAAAAACAAUUACUCGAGAAAGUAGAUUGUAAAUUUGUGGUUAGUUUAGCAUAUGCAUACGAAACAAAAGAUGCUCUUUGUAUGGUUUUAACACUAAUGAAUGGCGGUGAUUUGAAAUUUCACGUUCAUAACAUGGGCAAUCCUGGCUUUGAGGAAGACAGGGCGUAUUUCUACGCCGCUGAAGUAGCCAGUGGGAUCAUUGCGUUGCAUUCAAAAAGAAUAGUUUAUAGGGACAUGAAACCAGAGAAUAUAUUGCUAGAUGAUGAUGGACAUGUGAGGAUUUCAGAUUUAGGUUUGGCAAUUGAGAUACCCGAGGGGGAAAACGUACGUGGACGAGUAGGGACAGUAGGAUACAUGGCACCUGAGGUUAUUCAAAACGAACGUUACACAUUCUCCCCGGACUGGUGGGGUCUCGGCUGUCUAAUAUACGAGAUGAUUCAGGGGAAAUCCCCGUUUCGAGCGCGACGAGAGAAAGUGAAACGUGACGAAGUGGAAAGAAGAGUAAAGGAGGACACUGAAGAAUAUUCAGAUAAAUUUAGCAGUCAUGCACGACAUAUUUGUUCACAGUUACUUUCUAAAGACCCUAAGACGAGACUGGGUUGUCGCGAUGGGGGCUGGGACGAGUUAAGAAGACAUCAAUUUUUUAGGAGCAUCAAUUGGGCGCAAUUAGAAGCUGGUCUUAUUAAGCCGCCAUUUUGUCCUGACCCUCGUGCAGUCUACUGUAAAGAUGUUCUGGAUAUCGAACAGUUCUCGUCAGUCAAAGGUGUCAGACUCGAUGACAAUGACGAGGGUUUUUAUCAUAAAUUCGCCACGGGUUCUGUCGCUAUUCCAUGGCAAACAGAGAUGAUCGAGAUGGAGUGUUAUAAAGAGCUAAACAAAUUUGGUUUCAAUGGAACGAGGUCUCCAGAUCUAAUUGGAGAUCACCCCCCGGAACCUGAGAAAAACCCCGGAUGUCUAAGCAGCCUAUGUGGUAGGGAAUCUAGCAGUAAAACGACAGAGCCGAACGAGACAACCACCACCACAAGCGUCAGCUGAAAUUCAACCCACCCCUUCGCCACCGUGAAAUUUCUAUGUACAAACAGCGCGUAACUUCGUGCGGUGGAAAUAUUUUCAACUCCGAGCGGAGAAUAUGUUGAUUAGCCACAGCAGAGUUGACCACACACGAAGGCCACGAAAACUGGUAACAAAUAUUUGCAAAUUAUUCAAGGCUGGUCCGGUAGACGUCUCGUAAAUAAUAGAAAAAGAACAUAUUCUAGUGAAAACAUCUCAUUUUUACGCCUCCCGUUCUACUUAAAUCAUUUUAGUUAUAGAAAAACCGUCUGUAUGCCUCGUUGCAACGGUAAUACAGGCGACUGCUAACCGUUUUUAUCGCCCCUCGACGGCUGUUGGAUGAGAUUUUUUAGUCGAUGCAUGGUAACCUACGUCUUCCAUUAUUACUGAGCGUAUGUCAUGUGUAGACUAACUAAAAUCUCUUUUAAAAGAAAAGUAGCGUGGCCGGGACAAUAUACGUUUUGAAUGGGCCAUUAGCUACCAAUUAUUGAUAAUGCAAUCGACGCAAUUCAGGAAGAGAUUGUGUUGACGAUGGUUGCACUUGCAUACAGUAGGCACUCUUUUGUAUAUUGAAAGGCAAAUUUUAUCGUUCUUCAAUCUCGUUUUGGCACGCUGCAUGGGCGACAAAUAUGUGCAGUGCGACGGCGAGAGACUAGUUGAGACCGCAGAAAAUGUCGCGUUUUGUGGCUGGGAAUCUAGUUACCAGGACUUCAUAAUAUAGUGAGAGUAAUAAUUAGGUCGGGGGAAAGGACCUGGAAACUAGAUUCCCCGUCAUCUUGGUACUGCAAAUUGCCCUUUUUGGUUUGCUGUGAAUUAAUCCGCUAACUUCGUUUUAAUUCACAUCAGUGUGGGUUGGUCUUCGAACAGGCCUCAAAAGAUAUUUGUCUUGCAUUGGCUCCUUUCAGAUCUUCAGAUGUUAAUUUCUCCCAUAAAUUGGAUUCCGAUACGUCCUAAAUUAACAAAUGAUUAUUUUGCAUGAUUUAAAAAUUAAUCAAGAUCACAUGCAAGAUUUUGCGAUAGUUGAAGUUUCGUUUUCUUUGCUUCCACUUUAUGUACAGCUAAUUUGAAUUUAUACCAAUUUUCAAUGCAGGUUUCUCAUUCAUAAUCAGAUAUAAAAUUUUAGUUGCAUGAUUACGGAAAUACGGGGUUCUUUCAAGGCUAAAGAUGAUUCUAGACAUGCAUUAUAUGAUCUGAAAGGGGUUUUGGCAUAUGAGACGUAUUAAAAAAUCUACAGACACUUUUUGAAAAUGCUCAAUCCUCAUGAAACGCAAGGUGAAAAUGAAUGUCUAGUUUGAAAAUGCACUUACAACCUAGUCAACACCACUUAGUCGACACCUGACCAACGCUUAUUUCUCACCAUAGUUUCAUGUCGGUUGAGCAACAUUUCAAAGUGAAUAUUAUUUUCUGGCUGGUCCAUAGUUGGUAUUUGAUUAUUGUACAGGUAUAAAGAACAAUUUUGAAGCAUUUUAGAAUAUAUCUGGUGAGCGUUUUAUUA